AUGAGACAGGAGACAGACAGAGAGCUGACGUUCGCCGAGAACAGCUGGCUGGACCGACUGGAGAAGAAGCUGGCGCGCUCGCCGCAGCAGGAGCUGGAGGCGUACAUCCACAACCACCCGGCCGAGCGGAUCCCCCAGCUGCGGGCGCUGGCCGAGCAGCUGGUGAGCGCCGGCGUGCUCUGCGACGAGGUGCGCGCGGACCGCGACCACAUCGUGGACCGGUGGCGACGCUACAGCGACACGGACCAGGUGGACGUGCUCCAGGACACGUACGCCGAGGUGCGCGGCGAGUACGCGCGCUGCCAGCGACCCGAGGACCUGGAGCCGCGACUGACCGCGGUGGCGGAGCGACUGGCUGGCGUCGAGCGUGAGGCGGCCGACGCCGAGCAGGACACGGCCGAGCCGGAGCGGAUUCAGCAGCAGAUGGACCGCUGCCUGCACCUGUACCAGCUGCUGAGCGAGCUGAAGCCUGAGGUGGAGUACGUGAUCCGUACCGGUCGCAAGGCCGUGGAAGACGCCGCCUGGGACCAGCCUGAGCAGCUCACCGCCAGGCUGGACCGGCUCAAGGCCCUGUACAACCAGCUGCGUCGCCGCCUGGACCGCGUGCGCGCCGACUGGAGGAGCCUGCAGGGCAGGCUGGCCAGCCGCACCCGACACGUGCAGGAGAAAAAAGCUGAGAGUGAAGCCCAACUGUCCGAUUUCGAGGCUGAUUUGAACGACUUAGAAAAAUGGUUACAACAUGCCGACAAGGACACCGAAAGUGAUGAGAAAGUUGAGGAGCUGGAGCGCCAGCUGCCGGAGCGUCAGUCUCAGCUGGCGGCGGCGCGCCAGACGGCCGCCCAGCUGGCGCUGACGCAGUGCGAGCAGAGCGUCUCCUCCAUGAUGUCCGAGCUGAACGCCCGCUGGCUGCAGGUGCACGACAAGGUGCAGGAAUCGUCGCGUGCUACGUCCAACGCCUCCAAGCAUGCGCCAACCAAGCCAUCUCGCGAGCGAAGCGAGUACCAGAGCCUCGACGCGACGCCGCCGGAGUCGUCGUCCGUCAUCGCCAACUCGUUCGCGAUGUCGGCGCGUGGCGGCUCGCCGGCGCGCCGCGCGAGCGCCGAACGGGGCCGCUCGCCGGGCCAGGCCGAGGGCGACGUGUUCGCCAACAAGUACGCCACCGAGGGUCCGCCGGCCGGCCGGCGCCGCACGCCGGAGCGCGACGAGGUGCCCGCCUACGUGGCCGAACUGGACGCCGUGAUCGCGCGCAUCGACGCCGUCGAGGCGGGCAUGGAGCGGCAGCCGCGCGUCGCCGCGCGCCGCCACAGCGAGAUCGAGGCGGCGCAGCUGCAGGUGUCGCUGCUGCAGCCGGACGUGGCCACGCUGAUCUCGCGCGGCGACACGCUCGUGUACUCCCUGCACGGCCGAGACGUGGCGCGCGCCGACGCCCUGCGCCGCAAGGUGGACGGCCUGCGCGGCCGCUGGCACGCACUCAAGUCGUACAUGGAGGUGCGGCGCCUGACCUACCAGCGUCUGGACUCGAUCAGUCGACACUGCAAGCAGCAGCUGGAGGACAUCGAGCGCUGGCUGCUGCAGGUCAACGCGCGUCUGGAGGCGGCCAACAACGACCUGGCGCAGCAAAAGGCGCUGCAGGAGGAGAUCGGCGAGCGCGGUGUGGAGCUGGAGUCGGUGCGCUGGGAGGCGGCCGACCUGACGGGCCAGGACCGCGACAAGCUGGCCACCAUCCUGGACGACCUCAGCCAGCGCUGGAAGGCCGCGCAGGACCGCUGCAAGCAGUACCAGAAGGUCAUGGAGGCGAAGGCGAUCGACGGCCAGGCGGCGCUGUCGCCGGCGGCGGCGUUCGCCGGCCGCGUCAGUGCGGUCCGCGAGGCGGUGGCCACCGUGCAGCGCCAGCUGGCCUCGGCCCCCAUCGGCGUCCGGCAGUACGAGCGGUUCAACGCCCGCGAGGAGGCGCUCAAGAGCAUCCGCGGGGCGAUGGACGCGCUGGAGCCGCGCGUGGACGAGCAGCUGACGGACCUGGCAUCGCUGACCUCCGCUGACACGGCGCAGCGGCAGAUGGCGCAGCGGGCGGCCGACAAGCUGCGCGACGACUGGCGCCAGCUGCAGCAGGGCUACCAGGAGCGUCACAGCAACUGGUGCCGGUGCCGCGACACGUGGCGCGCGCUGCAGGAGAACAUGCACGAGUUCGGCCAGUGGCUGGUGACGGCCGAGGCGCGCAUCACUGAGACGCGCCGGCUCGGCACCGCCCAGCUGCCGCAGCUGCGCGCCUGUCAGAAAGAGCUCGAGAAACAGGUCACCGUCAAGCACAACGUGUACACGGCCAUCUCGUCGGCGAGCCGGGAGGUGAUCGGCGGUCUGUCCGCCGCCGAGGCCACCACCUUCCUGGAGAAGAUCGAGAACCUCAACAAGCGCUGGAAGGGCGUGCUGGCCGAGCUGGCGGCGCGUCGUGAACGAAUCUCCACCAUGGAGGACGAGCAGGAGGCGCACACGCAGACGGCGGCGCUGCUGGGCUGGACGGAGUCCGUGCUGACGCUCACACAGCAGCAGCUGAAUCCCAGUGACGAGGGCGCUCUUAUCGUCAACAGCAGCGUGGCCAAGUCGCGGCUGGAGGAGCUGCCCGACAAGAAGGCCCUGGCCGAGAAGCUGUCGUGGCCAGAGCGACAGUUCCGGCCACUGGACCAGCUCAGCAAGAUCAGCGCUAACCUAGAGCGGGUGGGCGACACGCUGCCGGGCUACGCGGUCCCGUCUGCAGCAGCAGCUGUCGGUGGUGCAGCGGCUCUACCAGGGCCUGACCGCGCUCAGCGACUGGUCUCAGCGCCGCACCAACGAGGUGGCCGGCUGGGGCACCGACAAGCGUACCGACCAGCAGCAGCUACUGGCGGCCGACCUGGGAGAGAAGCAGCAGGAGUGGCGCGCAGGUCGUGA